AUGAAAGUGAAUACUGAAGACGUUACAGUGUCAUGGGGUAGGGCACCGGAUUCUCUGGAUAUACAGAUGGGUCGAUGGCGUAUGGCAGUAUUUCAAGAUGUUCAGGAAAGUUUCGAUCACUCCAAGUUAUACUUUCUCUAUGAUCCGAUUGCAGAUGAAAACUCAGGAACAACUGGAGGACGCAAAGGCAACCAAGGUUUGGUUGUUUUCGAUUUGUAUCAACGGUGCUUUACUCGUGAAAUACCUAUCUUUUGUGAAGGUAUAACUUGCCAACUGAAUUGUUUAAAAGCUUUUAAAAUUUUAAUAACUUGUUCUUGUUUAAUUUAUAUUGGGGUCUUGGGGUACGUGCAUAUCUUCAUUCUUGCGUAA